AUGUUAACAGCGUUUGAGGGGGGACAACUGAAACUACAAAUAAAAUUAGUUUCUGAGAUACAUCAAACAAAAUUUAUAAGCAGAAGUGAGGAGCAGUUGUUGCUUAACGAGACAGAGAUCGAUAACGGAAAUAAAAAUGCAGACAACCGACAGAAAUGUGGCGGAAAAUGUCAAAAUAGGCAGCGGACAAGUGACCCAGUACGCUUUGCUAUGAACGCCAAUAGUAGUAAGAAGAGAGCAAACGCAAGCAGUCACUUGUUUACUCUUUUAGCAGCAAUGUAA